UUCAGUUUUUUAUUUUCAAAUUGAAAUGACGGUUUCUUCUUCUAGAACCAAAUCCAGUGGACCUGUAUCUCACGGGUUUCAGAGAUCGGUCUCACCUUCUGGGAGGUUUUAUUCUUCGUCGACGGCAUCUUCGUCGUCGACUGGUUUUGCGUAUUCUAGUUCGAGUUUUUCCUCUGGAUCUACUGGUUUCUUUCAUAGAUCAGCUUCUCCGACUCGUGUCAACCUCUAUGGAUCUGUUUCCUCUUCUCCGUCUGUUCGAUUUUCUAUCGAUCGGUCUAUUUCUCCAAGCAGGUCGAUUGCGGCUUCUACUCGUGACCAGGUCGUGAAGAAGCAUAGUAAUCCUAUGUCUUCCCCGUCGUGUCCGAGGAGAACGUGUAUGUGUUCGCCAACGACACACCCUGGUUCUUUUCGUUGCAGUCUCCACAAAGGAUUCAACAGCCAUCACCAUCAUCCUUCUGGAUCGUAUCCGUCUAAUCGAUUGAACGCUAGGAGAUCUGCAAUGACGAAUUCGCUGGUUCGGAUCGGGACUGUUGAAGGAGAAUGGGUAAAGAGGGCUUUGGCUGCUUUGAUCCGACCUUCUUCUCAUCAUCAGAGGAGAAGAGCGGCGUUCCAUCCUAGACCUAGCCGGCUUUCUAACAUGUCGAAAGUCCAGGACUUGUGAUUCUUUGAAGGUUCGUUCAUUAUGUUUCCUCGAAUCCCU